UGUCUCAUAUUUUAGACGUGGAAAAAAUGUUCAAACAGAUUUAAAAUCCUACUGACAAAUAACUCUGUCAAUAUAGGUUAAUCUAUUCUGUCAUUUUUUUAUUUUUUUUGUUUCUGUUUUGUUUGUUUGUUUGUUUCGUUUUUUAUGUUUUUUUUCCCCUCUAUUUUGUUUUUCAUUCAUUCUGUUCCUGGCGGAGGAAACAGCGCUGCCAGUUCACUUCCCCUCUCCUUUUUUCCGUAUGAACUCAUUUUAUUUGACGCGAUAAUCUCUUCUUUAUUUUAUGUGAUGACUCGAUCCUUUCCUCCUCCGCUCCCCUCUGCAGCGCAGACUCUUAAACCAUCACAAUUAAUGUCGAGAAAAGCAGUUAACUGCCUUAAAGUAUAUUGAAAGCAGAGAGAGAGACAGACAGAGAGAGAGAGAGAGGCUUGAAACCAGAAUAAUAAAAGCUGGGCUGGAAACCACAGACUCGGUCAUCUUAUUAUUUAGUAUUUAUUUCUGUGGCUCAGGCCGAUCAUGCUGUUAUUCAUCUCGCUCGCUGGAGACUCUGUUUUAUUUACAUGUCUAUAGUGAAACCACUCAUGCCUGCGUUUGUCCAUAUGCCUGGGUUUAUGAUGUUACUGGAGAUGCAGUAAAGUGGAGUACUCCGCUGCCCCAGUCUCCACUGGACCGGGGGCUGGGGGGCAGAUAAAGCCAGUUAAAGUUAAAGUAACGUCCACAUGGUGAUUGAUGAGGAACCCAUUCAUGCGUUUGUCUUGAAAAACCAUCCGACACUGCCGGAGAGGUUUUGGGGAGGUGGGAUGUUCCUCUCGGUUUAAUCCACCAAUCCCGUGCGUCUCGCUCCAUCACUGGAGUUUUUAUUGCUUCUUAGCGAGUCUUCAAAGAGCCCCGAGCCUGUAAUUAGGGGGCGGUUCUCCCUGAGCCUCAAAACACAUCCCCGCGUUACAGCCCGACUUCUUCCAAAGUGUCCCGGGACUCAGAGCUGCGCUUCUCCCGCUGCCCCUCAGCUUCCUUAGGAUUUUCUUUCUCAGGGAUGGCCGCAUCUAUUCUGGAGGAAGACACACGCUAUGGCUCCAGUCCCCUGGCUAUGUUAACUGCUACCUGUAACAAAUUUGGCAGCACAAGCCCCGUCAGGGAUUCGGCUACACCCGGUAAGACCGGCAGCAUCGCUACAGUAAAGAAGCCCUACACCAUGACCUCUGACCUGCAGACUGUUAAGAACGGACGCGCCGCAGACGGCAGCGGUCUGGCGGACUCCUACACUGGCUCCUUCACCACAGCCGGAGCAGGAGGAGGAGGUGGCGGGCUGCUGACACCCACUGGAAGCCCCCCUCCUUCAGCCGGAGGCUACUCUACAGAGUACAACCCUUUCUCCCCCUCUUUCCAGACCUCCGUCUCCCAGGACCCGUCUCUCUUAGUGUCCAAAACCCACGCUACGGCCGAUUGCCUCACCAGCGUCUACACCUCACUGGAUAUGACGCAUCCAUACGGUUCCUGGUAUAAAGCGGGCAUCCACCCCGGCAUCACCGCCGCCCCAGCGAACGCGACGUCCUCCUGGUGGGACGUCCACUCCAACACCAACUGGCUGUCGGCGACGCAACCCCAGAGCGACGGCGGUCUUCAGGCGUCCCUGCAGCCUGUAGCGCCGCAAGCAUCCCUGAGCCCACAGAUAUCCAGUUACAGCACCGACUUCACGCCCCUCAACCCGGCUCCUUACCCGUCUGUGGGGCUGGGUUCCUCCUCUCACCUCCUUCAGCCCUCCCAGCACAUGCUGCCCCAGGACAUGUACAAGCCCAAGCCUGUGCCAAGCGCAGGUUUGAUCGAGAGUCCCAUGGGCCUAAAGCCUGCGAGGGGAUCAGGCGGCUACAACGGAGGGGGCACACCCACUCGCUCCUCCUGCGAUUGCCCUAACUGUCAGGAGCUGGAGAGGCUGGGAGCCUCCGCUGCCUCUCUGAGGAAGAAGCCGGUCCACAGCUGCCACAUCCCGGGCUGCGGGAAGGUGUACGGCAAGGCCUCUCACCUCAAAGCCCACCUGCGCUGGCACACCGGCGAACGGCCCUUUGUUUGCAACUGGCUCUUCUGCGGGAAGCGCUUCACCCGCUCGGACGAACUGGAGCGGCACGUGCGCACCCACACGAGGGAGAAGAAGUUCACCUGCCCCCUGUGCAACAAACGGUUCACGCGUAGCGACCACCUGUCCAAGCACCAGAAGACUCACGCAGAUUCCGCCAUGCAGGGAAAAGGCGUAGCCGUGGAGGGGGAAACGGAUCCUCGGGGCGAGGAGGCCGCGGAGCUCAACGCCGGCGCCGUACCCACCAAUCCUGACCAGAUAACCAACGGGGAGGAGAAGGCCGGCACGCCAAACGGAGUGGAGAACAGCAGUGGACUGUUGGAGAUCUGACUUCAUUAAAUGUUCAGCUCAAAUAAUAAUAAUAAUAAAAAAUUGUUGUGUUUGAAAGGCAUCAAAUAAGAUUAAAAAAAGAAAAAAAAACGACGAGAGACUGAAGAUGUUGCCAGUAGCAACUGCUUCAUUACCUAUGGAUCACACACACACGUACAUAGCACACACACACAUGCAAACAAGGUGCACACAGCACGAGCGAACCUGCAGAAGUAUAUAUAAUAGUGCACAAAUGUAUGCAGGCACACACAAACAUGACCGACCAGGCCCGGACGUACGUGAACGCAAAUACAUCACGCGUGUCGCCUGGACACAUACAUAUACAUGCAUACAGAGAUAACUAUGAGCAAAUGUGCAGGCGUAUGUAAUGCACGCAAACACCUAAUGGUAAACAUGCUCAUGCACACAUUGUGCUGGGCCCACACGUACUUUUUCGGCCUUUCAAGUGAGACAAACCACUGGGGAAAUUGAACCUGCGAACGCAGAGGAGAGGAGAGCCUCCAAAAGGGAAGCAGCUUUAAGAGGAGACGCGGGGUCAGGAAGCUGGAGCUGACGGAGAGUCGUACGCCUUACUUCCAUACUUCAUUACUCUUGAAACAAUGAAAAGACAGACCAACUUACUGCUUCUCGUUGCCAAAGAUUUGUGGGUUUUUUUCAAUUGUUUUUUGUGGGGGUGGGG